AUGUGCUACCAACUUGCUAAUCAAUUAAUACAUGAUCGUAAACAAGAUGAUCAAGAUCAUUCAUUUAGUAAUGAUUUAAUUAAACAAGAAACUUUAUCUUUUAUCGUGGCCGGUCAUAAAACAACUGGUAAUUUAAUGAGUUGGUGUAUAUACUGUUUAUUAACAAAUCAUGAUGCAUUAAAUGAUUGUAUUGAAAAAGUUGACAGAGUAUUAAAUGGAGAAUUACCAACAGAUGAAUCAUUAAAACACUUACAAGUUAUUGAUAGUGUAUUACAUGAAACGUUAAGAUUAUAUCCGCCAGCGCCAUUACUAGGACGCGAUUGUGUGACUGAUAAUGAAAUUGGUCAUGGAGAUGAUAAAAUAAAAAUUUAUGAAGGAACAACAUUCAAUGUGAAUACUUAUGCUUUACAUAAAUAUUCAGAUUACUGGCCAAAUCCAUUAAAGUUUGACUAUACUCGGUGGAAGGAUAGUAAUGGUGAACGGAAAAAGUUAGCUCAUUCAUAUUGUUAUCUGCCAUUUGGAGCUGGAAAUCGUGCAUGUAUCGGUCAAAGUUCUGCUCUAUUAGAAGCUAGAGUUAUGCUAUAUUUCAGAAACGUAGCUAUAACUUUGGAUAGAGCAUCAAGUUAUGAAAUGACUCGAAAGUUUCAAAAAUAG